CUUGCUUGCGUGCGCGCGGAGCGUGAGUAUCGGCGGACUUGCAUUGCUCUCAUCAAGUCGGCAAAUCACAAUAUCUUCUUCCACUUCAAUCUUUUGAUCUGCUUUUACCGAUACAAAAAAUGACAUCGACGAUGGCUCCACCGACGGCCAAGAAAGUGAAGCAUGAAAUGGAGAUGUUCGGAGACGUCAGGGUCGACCACUACUACUGGCUUCGUGACGAUUCUCGCUCCGAUCCCGAGAUCCUCUCUCACCUCGAAGCCGAGAACGCCUACACCGAUUUCGUAAUGUCUGGGACCAAACAAUUCGAAGAUCAGAUUUAUGCUGAGAUUAGGGGACGAAUCAAGGAGGACGACGUCACUGCACCCAUACGCAGGGGUUCUUACUAUUACUAUAAUAGGACCUUGGAGGGGAAGGAAUAUGUCCAGCAUUGUCGACGCCUUGUUUCCAAUGAUGGUGCUCCACCUUCUGUUUAUGAUGUUAUGCUUACUGGACCUGAUGCUCCUCAUGAGCAUGUUAUUCUUGAUGAAAAUAUUAAGGCCCAAGAGCAUGCAUUUUAUCAAAUUGGCGCAUAUAAAGUUAGUCCAAAUAAUAAACUAGUAGCAUAUGCGGAAGACACCAAAGGAAAUGAGAUUUAUACUAUUUCUAUAAUUGAUGCUGAGACCUUAACACCUGUGGGGAAGCCUCUAGUUGGUGUGACACCAUAUAUUGAGUGGGCAGGUGAUGAGGCCUUAGCUUACAUCACAAUGGAUGAGAUCCUUCGGCCGGACAAGGUAUGGAUACAUAGGUUGGGAUCAGAGCAAUCAAAAGACUCUUGCCUUUAUCAUGAAAAGGAUGACAUGUUUUCCCUUUCUCUUGAGGUGUCUGAGAGCAAGAAAUUUUUGUUUGUUGGAUCUGAAAGCAAAAUUACAAGAUUUGUCUUCUACCUUGAUAUUUCUCAGUCUGAAAAUGGGCUUAUGGUUUUGACACCUCGUUUGGAUGGCAUUGACACAUCAGUAAGCCAUCGUGGAAAUAAUUUUUUCAUUAAGAGGAGAAGCGAAGAUUUCUUUAACUCAGAACUUUUAGCCUGUCCAGUAGACAACAUAACUGCAACCACAGUUCUUCUUCCUCACCGGGAAAGCAUAAAGAUUCAGGGCGUUCAACUUUUUAAUGACCAUCUUGCUGUAUAUGAGCGUGAAAUGGGUCUGCCCAGAAUAACUAUAUAUUGCCUUCCAGCUGUUGGAGAACCCCUUGAAAGCCUUCAAGGUGGUCGGUCUGUUGAUUUUAUUGAUACCAUAUAUUCAGUUGAUCCAUAUGAAUCACAAUUUUCUUCCAGCGUUUUACGGUUUGCUUAUAGCUCAAUGAGGACUCCCCACUCUAUAUACGAUUAUGAUAUGAACACAGGGAUUUCAGUUCUGAAGAAAAUUCAACCAGUGUUGGGAGGGUUUGAUGCCUCAAAUUAUGUAACUAAAAGGCAAUGGGCCUCUGCUCCAGAUGGUACUCAGAUUCCUAUAUCAAUUGUUUAUCAGAAACAUCUGGUGAAGCUUGAUGGGUCUGAUCCAUUACUACUUUAUGGUUAUGGUUCAUAUGAGAGUUGCACAGAUCCCACUUUCAGCUCGUCAAUGCUGUCAUUGUUAGACCGGGGCUUUAUUUAUGCAAUUGCCCACAUUCGUGGGGGUGGUGAAAUGGGGAGGCAGUGGUAUGAAAAUGGGAAACUGUUGAAAAAGAAAAAUACUUUCACAGAUUUUAUUGCUUGCGCAGAGUAUCUGAUAGAGAAAAAAUACUGCUCUAAGGAAAAACUUUGCAUCAAUGGAGGAAGUGCAGGGGGAUUGCUAAUGGGUGCUGUUCUUAACAUGCGGCCGGAUUUAUUCAAGGCUGCAGUAGCCGAAGUACCAUUCGUUGAUGUUUUGACUACAAUGCUUGAUCCAACUAUUCCUCUUACUACUUCAGAGUGGGAGGAAUGGGGUGAUCCUCGUAAAGAAGAGUUUUACUUCUACAUGAAGUCAUACUCCCCUGUCGAUAAUAUCAAAGCACAAAAUUACCCAACCAUUCUUUUUAAAACUGGUUUAAAUGAUUCACGUGUUCUGUAUUCAGAACCUGCUAAGUUUGUAGCAAAGUUGAGAGAGAUGAAACUUGAUGAUAAUGUGCUGUUGUUCAAGUGUGAAUUCAGUGCUGGGCACUUUUCAAAGUCAGGAAGGUUUGAGAAGCUCCAAGAAGAAGCCUUCAAUCAUGCUUUUAUACUGAAGGCUUUAAACAGGGUUCCUGCUGUUGGCUCCGCGCAGGACUGAUGAGGUUUGACGUUCAGUACUAAUCAUUUUACGGGCUCUGAAAAUUUUAUCUUUCAGCGGGGACCACAUGGUUCUAACCAAUCACAACUUGACAUGCAAACAAAUAUGUAGUCUCGAAUCAUAUAAUAAAUUUUCGCAUGCAUGACUUUUCACCACCACCACUGUAGGUUUUAGUUUACAUUUGUGUUUUAUUCAUGUUGGAAAUUGUUAAAAAUUUCAUGAAUGUAUUACUAAAAAAUAAAUAUUAAUUUUAUUAAUUAUUAAUUUCAUUCAAUUGUAGCUGUUAUAAUUUUC